UUGACAUUUUUUAUGUUCCGGACCAAACCGAUAUAAAGAACAGUCAGUUAUAUUCGCGCAUGCUUCAAGCUAUCCUCGAGCGCUGCGGAUCCCUUCAGGGGCGCCUUGGUGUUAACAGGAACCAGGCCAAUUAAGAAGGUGGCGCACUGCAGGACGCUACCAUAACAAAUAAGUGCCCGCUCUAGGCAAUACACGGUCAAACGAAAGCACUAUGCAUUCAUACGUAUGGAUAUUUGUGGUUCUCGCGGCUGGUCUUCAAUAUGUCCACGGGUGGGACGACAAGUCACCUCUAUAUUUGACGCCUUACAUUGAAGCCUGUGACUAUGAAACUGCAAAAAAUUUGAGCCACGUGCCAAUUUUCCAAGGGCUGGCUAACGUAUCAGCAUACUCUGGACUCAUCACAGUAAACAGCACGUUUAACAGCAGUCUCUUCUUCCUCUUCGUAGUGGCAGAGGGGAACAGGAGUGAUGCACCGAUCCUGCUGUGGACACAAGGUGGCCCAGGGCUGUCGUCGCUGUUUGGUCAGUUCCUGGAAAAUGGCCCUAUUGCCUUCGAUCCAAGAACGAACUUCUCACUAAGGUCUAACACGCUCCAAAGGAACAUGAGCGUUAUUUACCUUGAUGUGCCAGUUGGGAGUGGCUUCAGCUUCACGGCGGACCCUCGCGGGCACUCGACGAAGCUGGAAGACAUCACUGAGGAUGUGAUGGAAUUUAUGAGGCAGUUUUUGGAGCUCUUCAGUGAAUUCAAAAAUCGGGACUUCUACCUCGCCGGAGAAUCCUAUGGAGCAAGGUAUUCCGUCGCCAUCGCCCACGAGAUGCUAACAAAUAAGAAUAGACUGCCCCUUAACCUUCAGGGAAUAAUUGGAGGAAAUGGAUUCCUUGGCCCGGUACUGGACACGGCUAACUCGGCUGAAUUUCUCUACCGAACCUCAAUGCUGGACGACAAAGGACGCAUGCAGUUUGACAUGACAUUCCAGUACAUGAAGAACUUGUCAAUGACAGAAAACGCUACUCAAGUUCCUCUUAUAUUACUAAGUACGAUUUUCGCUGACCCUACGAAGCAACGACCCACCCUUUUUCAAAAUCUUACCUUAUACAAUGAUCAUGCGAGCCCUCUGUAUACGGAGAGACCAUAUAAUAUGCUUGCUUGCUUUUUCUUCUUGAACAACUCUGUGGACUUAAGGAGGUACAUUCACGUCGGAGACAACGCUACCUUUCGCUACGCUGACAAAACCCUCAUUUAUAUGUUUGCGCCUGACUGGUUGAGAGAUAUUACUAAUCUCACACAACGUGUGCUGAACGAAACAAGGGUUUUGUUCUACACUGGUCAACUGGAUGCACUUUUCCCUUCAGUCAACCAACGAGCCUAUUUUUCUUCCCUGCAAUGGGCACACGGUGACCAAUAUCGCCAAGCUCCGCGAAAACCUUGGAGCCCACCCGGUCGGAGCCCGUACAUGGGUUUCGCUGGCUACAUGAAGCAAGCCGCUAACUUUACGGACGUUGUUGUGCUUGGAAUGAGUCACUACGGCGCCGCAGAAAAAUCUGAUGAAGCUUACUACCUGACUACACAAUUCGUAGCAAACAAUCUUAAAGCAAAUGGUCCUUCAGCAGGAAACAUAAAAAAGAAAGGGGACGACGUCGCUUUCGUGGACGACGCCGCCUACCGAUGCAACCAAGCCUUCGCCGCGGUAGUGGUCUCGUCCUCGCAACGGACCAUAAACGCCGCCACGGUGGUCACACGUGACUCUGAUGUGGCGGAGCCAGUGGCUAUGGCUUUGGCAAUGCUCGACGACAAGCGAGAGACACAUACCUAUCCCAACCCUGCCACGUUACACAUCAUCUACCCGGACGUCGACCCCGACGAUGUGUGCCCCUCGUGUGGCGACACGGCGACACUCGCACACGUGCUCUGGGAUCGUAGGAACGCUCCCCCCGACUGUACCUCGGAAGAGUGGCAGAAGACCAUACGAAGUCCGCUACUCCAAGACCAGCAAUGGGCAGUCCAGCAGGCUCGUGCAGCGGCCGCCAGCUCCACAGGUUCCGGGCCACUGUUCUUGACACCUUUCAUAGAACAGAACAACUGUAACGAAGCCAGGGCUAUAAGCAGGGUGAAGCUGUUCAAAAACGAGGUGAACGUCACUGCUCACUCGGGCUACAUCACUGUGAACAAGACACUCGGGAGUCAUCUCUUCUUCCUCUACAUACGAGCCCAGGAGCACACGUCCACCACUCCGCUUAUGCUUUGGACACAGGGAGGACCAGGACUGUCCUCCCUAUUCGGCCAAUUUCUUGAAAUCGGACCAUUGGCCAUCAACAGCGACGGAAAUCUGUCCAAGCGGUUCCGGACUAUUCAAAAGAACGUCAGCGUCCUUUACCUGGACGUCCCUGUUGGGGCGGGCUACAGCUUCACGAAAGAUCCUUCGGGUUACGCACACAGCCUGGAGGAUAUCAGUGUGGCUGUCACUGAAUUUCUCGGCCAGUUCCUGAUUCUCUUUCCCGAAUACAAUGAGAGGGAUUUCUACGUCGCCGGAGAGUCGUACGGAGGAAGAUACGCCGUUGGUAUCGCAUUUCGCCUGCUCACAAACACAGUCAAACCGGUACCUCUCAAGCUCCGAGGAACAAUUGCUGGGGUCGGAUUCCUGGGGCCAAUCUUCGAGAUAGCCGACUCCAGCGAAUUUCUGUACCGUGCUUCAAUGCUCUCUGAGGAAGGUCGCGACACUUUCACGAAGCAAUUCCAGCUCAUGAGAAGCCUCUUCGCGUCUCGUAAAGUGAAAGAAGCCCUUUACCUUUUGUUACAAACAAUCUUCACCGAUAGCACACACCCCACCUUAUUUCAAAAUCUCACCCUGUACAACAACCAAGCCAGCGCUCUGUAUUCCGAGAAGCCUGCAAACAUGAUCGAGUACUACCACUACGUCAACACGACGGCUUUCAGAGAAGCCAUACAUGUUGGACUUGACGUUGAGUUCGAGCCAUACAGUCAAAUCUUCAUGGCCAACCUGGCACUGGACAUCGUGACGGACAUCAGCGCUCAGAUAGAGCUGCUCCUCAACACCAGUCUAGUGCUGUUCUACACGGGGCAAGUAGAUGCGCUGUUUCCAUCGACCGUCCUGAGAGCUUACUUCCGUACACUGAACUGGACAGGAGCGUCGCAGUACCGAAACUCUUCUCGUGGUGUAUGGAAGGCGCAGGACGGUUCUAACAGCAUAAGUGGUUACAUAGUUCGAGUGCACAAUUUCACCGAGGCUAUUAUACUUGGAGCGGGUCACUACGCUGCAGUAGACAAACCAGAUGAAGCCUACUAUUUGAUGUCAAAUUUCAUUGAUUCAAGGAGCACGUUAGCCUAACGCUUACGUGAAAGAAACAGUUGCGUCAACCGAUAGGCUUAUUCAACGUUGAAUUAAAUCAAAUAAUUUCAUAGCAUCAUCCUUCUUUCAAAACUCUGAAAGACACUAGCCCAGUUCCAUUAUUCAGCGUAUUCUUUCAACAAUAUACGUCACGUUGAUGGCAAGCAUUUGUCACGCGCAUAUGUGUCUGAAGGUUGCUUAGGGUGCCAUCAGAAGAGUCGUGUAGAUCGUACAACUCAAUAAGCCUGAACAAAGAUCAUUUUGAUAAAAGAUUUUCUUGCGUUUUACACGCCGCGGUGGCUCAGUGGUUUGGGCGCAGCGGUGCAGAGCUCGAGGUCAGGGAUUCGAUUCUCCCUGGGCUGGCCGCAUUCCUUGGUAAAGGCAUGCAAAAACGGUCACGUAAUGGUAAUCGUUCGAGAACUCCAGCUGGCCUUAAAUAUUUCGGAGCCCUCUAUUACAGCGUACCUCGUAAGGAUAUUGUGGUUUUGGCAUGUAAAACCCUAGAAUUACGAUUAUAAUUAAGUUUAUCGUGUUCCUUUUUAUAACAUUCUCCUACCUUGCAUAUUCACAGCCAGAAAUUUGGGACCAAAGAAGGCAUGGAAGCAUCGCUCACUUUGAUAAAAACACGCUGCGAUGUUCGUCCCCUUCAAUGUAUACACAGUAUUUACACCGAAUAAAGCAGAGUGAAGUACA